AUGUAGUACAAGAAGAUGGAAUUUACAAUUAAACACACAUGGGAUGGCUUACCUGUGAGCCAUGAGCCAGUAACUAUUGUGCUGAAGUCAGACAAUGAAGGGCUGCUAAUGGAAGUUAAUGCUCCCUUCUUUAAUGAUCCUCCAGCACCACUUGGAGAACCAGGGAAACCUUUUAGUAGACUGUGGGACUAUGAGGUUGUAGAAGCAUUUUUCCUGAAUGACAGAACUGAACACUAUUUAGAAGUUGAACUUUGUCCCCAUGGACAACACCUAGUGCUGCUGCUUUCUGGCAGAAGAGGAGUAUGGAAAGACAAACUUCCUUUAGAGUUUGAGGUGACCAGAAUGAAAACCAAAUGGGAGGGUAAAGCUCAUCUUCCUUGGAAUUACUUUCCACCGUGCACUAACAAGUUCAAUGCAUUUGCAAUUCAUGGCUCAGGAGAAGAGAGAAAAUAUGAAGCACUUUAUCCUGUGCCUUGACAUGAACUACAGGAAGGACAGAAACCAGAUUUUCAUCGCCUGGAAUUUUUCAAAGAUUUGAACCUGAAAGGACUAAUGGGAGAAGAUUGGAAGCAGCCCGAAUCAGAUAUAUGGAAGUUUCUCACUAAUUAA